CGGCGCGGCGCCUCAAUGUAUUCUUCUUCAAUCAUUUUCUUCUUCCAGACUCCCGUCCCCAGUCUCAAGUACCACUUUUCAAUAACGCAAAAAUUGGAGCAUGGUUCUUCCCUCAAUUAUAGUGUAAUAUGGUCCUCCAGUUGAGCGCCACCGCUCGCCGCCGCCUCCACCUCCACCUCCGCACCUUCAUAAACGCUAGAAUCAAAUGGGUCCGCGAUCCGUAUCUCGACGCAGCCGUAGAGAGAGAAAAAAACCUCAAAUCCUUACACUCCCUGAAAAAUCUCAUCCUCUCUCACCCAUCCCAAUCCCUACCCCUCUCCGCCAUCUCCCCUCUCAAACCCCACCUCUCCCUCCCCACCACCGCCCACAAAUUCAUCCAGUCCUACCCCUUCAUCUUCAAAAUCUUUCUCCCGCCAAACAAAACCAAUCCCUUCCCCCACGUCAAGCUCACCCCCAAAGCCCUCUCCAUCCACUGCGACGAGCUGCUGCACCUCAACAUGUCGCGCUACCGCCGCGACCUCGCUCAGAGACUCGCUAAGCUCCUCAUGAUCGCGCGAGGCGGAAGGCUUCCACUGCACUUAAUUGAUACGCUGACCUACGAUUUAGGAUUGCCUCAUGAUUAUCUACUCACAUUGUUGCCUGAAUUCCCUGAUUAUUUCCAGAUCUGCGAUUUAGGGUUUAGGGAUUCGAAUGGGGAAAUCGUCUUCGGAUUGGGGCUCGUCAACUGGAGAGACGAUUUAGCCCUUUCUGAAAUGGAAAAGAAGCGGGAUUGUGAUUUGAAUGGAACGCAGAUCAAGUAUUCGAUGAAUUUACCGAGAGGAUUUGAUUUGCAGAAAAGAGUGGAGGAAUGGGUGGAGCAACGAUGGCAGAAUUUACCCUACAUUUCGCCGUACGAGAACGCGUUCCAUCUGUCUCCGAACAGCGAUCACGCGGAGAGAUGGAUGGUAGGCGUGAUCCACGAGCUCCUGAGCUUGAUGGUGACGAAGAAGACGGAGAGGGAGAAUGUGUUCCGAUUUGGGGAAUUUCUAGGGAUUGGGCAGGUGCGGAUGAAGAAGGCGCUGGUGCAUUUUCCGGGGAUCUUCUACGUGUCGAAUAAGAUCCGAACGCAGACGGUGGUGUUGAGGGAGGCGUAUAGGAAGAAGCUGAUGACGGAGAAGCAUCCGUUGAUGGCGAUCAGGAAUAGGUAUAUAAGUCUAAUGGAGUUGGUUUUGAGAAGGGGAAGGCCGGUUAGAGGAGCAGCUGUUCGUCGGAGAGAGAGAGGGAGAACUUGCUUGAGAGUUGUCAGCAAUAAGGAGGAUUGGAAUCGAUGGAGGAGAAGCGAUGAUGAUGAUUGAUGAGCAUUUUCCUUAGAGACCAUAAAAUAUAAACGUCCAUUAAACGAGAGUAGUGCUCACAUGUAAGGUACAUAACAUAUUAAUACUCAUUAUAACAUAAUGCAUGUUUACAAAUUUAUAUGAUGUCUUUAUCAAUUUAAAUUUGUAAGGAUUAAUUACCAAUUUAAUGUAUAAAUAUAUUUCCCUCCA